UCCCGAGCGGGCUCGGGGCGGGGCGGGACGGGGGGCGCGGCUAAAUGCGGAGGGCGGGUUCGCCUGUCACUCACGGCUCGCCGCUGUCCCGCCGUUGUUAACAAGUCCUCCGAGCUGGGAAGGUCAUGCUGCCCAACACCGGGAAACUAGCGGGAUGCACGAUUUUUAUCACGGGUGCAAGCCGAGGCAUUGGCAAAGCUAUUGCGUUGAAAGCAGCGAAGGAUGGAGCAAAUAUUGUAAUUGCUGCGAAAACCACCCAGACACACCCGAAACUCCCAGGCACAAUCUACACUGCUGCUGAAGAAAUUGAAGCGGCUGGAGGAAAGGCCUUGCCGUGUGUUGUUGAUGUGAGAGAUGAACAGCAAAUCAACAGUGCGGUGGAAAAAGCUGUCAAGAGAUUUGGAGGAAUUGAUAUUUUGGUGAACAAUGCGAGUGCUAUCAGCUUGACCAACACGUUGGAUACUCCUACAAAGAGAGUGGACUUGAUGAUGAAUGUGAACACCAGGGGAACCUACCUCACAUCCAAAGCGUGUAUUCCUUUUUUAAGAAAGAGCAAAGUAGCUCAUAUUCUCAAUCUCAGCCCACCCCUGAACCUAAAUCCUCUGUGGUUCAAACAGCACUGUGCUUAUACCAUUGCCAAAUAUGGCAUGUCUAUGUGUGUGCUUGGGAUGGCAGAAGAAUUUAGAGGUGAAAUUGCAGUCAAUGCCUUAUGGCCUAAAACAGCCAUACAUACCGCUGCUAUGGAUAUGCUUGGAGGGUCUGGUGUGGAAAGCCAGUGUAGAAAAGUUGACAUCAUUGCGGAUGCUGCGUACUCCAUUUUCAAAAGGCCAAAAAGUUUUACUGGCAACUUUAUUCUUGAUGAAAAUAUCUUAAAAGAAGAAGGAAUAAACGAUUUUGAUGUCUAUGCAAUUAAACCAGGCCAUCCCUUGUUACCAGAUUUCUUCUUAGAUGAACAUCCUGAUGAAAUUAUGAAGGAAACAGAAUCCCAUGAUCCUGUACCGGAAGUAAAAGAAGAGAAGCUGCAGUCAGAGCCGCAGCCACCACCGCAGCCACAGCCACCACCGCAGCCGCGGUCACCACCGCAGCCGCAGCCGCAGCAACAGCAACCACCUAGACCACAUUUUGGAGCUGUGGAAGAAACAUUUAGAAUUGUUAAGGACUCUCUCAGUGAUGAGGUCGUUAAAGCCACCCAAGCAGUCUAUCAGUUUGAACUCUCAGGUGAGGAUGGUGGCACAUGGUUUCUUGACCUGAAGAGUAAGGGUGGGAAAGUUGGACAUGGCGAGCCCUCCGACCGGGCGGAUGUGGUGAUGAGCAUGACCACCGAUGACUUUGUCAAGAUGUUUUCAGGGAAGCUGAAGCCGACCAUGGCAUUCAUGUCAGGAAAACUGAAGAUUAAAGGGAACAUGGCCCUAGCAAUCAAACUGGAGAAGCUAAUGACCCAGAUGAAUGCCAGACUAUGAGGGACAAGAAGCAAAAAUGACUCGUAGAAGUAAAAAGCUCAACAGUUAAAAAUCUGUUGUCUCCUCCACUGUCUUAUAAGGACACAUAUGUUUGUUCUGGAAAAAUUAGAAUUUCUGUAUCUAUAAGACUUGAAAUUGUAAUUAAAACAACUAACUAAUCAUAAUCAAUCGUGUAUAAGUCUCACUAAGUGGCCUCCUAAUAUAUUGUGUUUUUUUUCUUUUUUCAGUUUUUUCCUGUAAGCCUUUAUUUCAUUCAUGCUUUUUUUUUUUUUUUUCGAGACAGGGUUUCUCUGUAGCAUUGAGCCUGUCCUGGAACUAGCUCUGUAGACCAGGCUGGCCUCGAACUCCCAGAGAUCCGCCUGCCUCUGCCUCCCGAGUGCUGGGAUUAAAGGCGUGCGCCACCACCGCCCGGCUCAUUCAUGCUUUCUUGCAUGAAAAGUAAUAUUAUGUAUCGAGCACUAGAAUUAGCUAUUUACAAAACUUCUCAUGUAAAAUGAAGUUACCUUAUCUUCACAAAGAGCUGGGUGAAGAACUGAAUCUCUCUCUUAUCCACUGCCCCUGCCUUCUUAAGGACUUUGUCAGUGUAUAAUACUUGCAGGCAAAAUUUUGUUUAACUUAUAACAAGCAUUUUAUACUAUUGAUACUAUUCUAGAUAUCUUUAAAAUUUUAGCUUUCCCCUCUUUUUUCCAGAUAAGGUUACCCAGCUGGCUUUGAACUGAGGCAGGUCUCCUGCCUCAGCUUCCUUAGUGCUAUGAUGACACACAGGAGCCACCAUGCCAAGCUAAAUCCAGUUUUCAAGUGCUAAUUUAUAGAAUUAAUUUUGCGAGUAUGCCUUAUGCCAGGUAGUAGUUCUCUCUGCUCACUACCUUAGCAGCUUUUUAAAAACAGAUUCUUUAAAUCAUGUUACCUUCAAAUAAAGAUGAAUUUAUCUCUUUUUCA